AUGAGCAAUUACAUCAACAAGCUUCCACCAGAGCUGAGACUCGCUGUGCUCCAACACUCUACUCGCACAAACCAAAGCGAUUGGAUGUUGAGGUUUCAGCAACUCAUUGACGCCAUAACACCUCACACUCUAGUCAAAGUCGUCGUGACUAACGCUAUCGACAGCGGGACUCUAGGCAUGUUGAUCAUGGACCAGAAGAAUUUAGUCGAGCUAUCGGUGCCAAUCCUUGACAGCCAGAGACCCCCAGGCCCCAGCUUCGUGGAUGGAAACCUAGGAUCGCUCAAAAGACUGAGUAUAUUCACUAAUGCGGAUCAAGCAGGCUAUGAUGGAUGGCUGGAGAAUACGACCGCAUUGGAAGUUCUGAAGGUCUGGAGCCUGCGAACUUCAUUGGCUUCUCUGUUCAUUAUUGUCGACUUCUUGAACGAUAUACUCUCGUUUUACGGGGGCGAAGAUGUAUCUCAACAGGAUCAUCCGCUCAAGGGCUCUCACUGA